AUGUUCAAUGAAAGCGAUGGGGACAGUGACCCAACAUCUCCCAACAAUUACACCCGUGAUCAUUUAUUCACCAUGCUGGUUCUGGCGGUCACCUUUCUGGUGGGUGUCCCUGGCAAUAUUCUGGUGUUAUGGGUCACUGGCGUGAAGAUGAAAAGGACAGUGACUACCGUUUGGUUUUGGAACCUUGCUUUGGCCGACAUAACCUGCUGCCUGAGCCUCCCGUGCUCCUUCGUACAGUUCUUCUAUCAGGAAUGGCUGUAUGGGCCAGUCAUCUGCAAGAUCUUACCUUCCAUCGUAAUCCUUAAUAUGUCUGCCAGCAUCUUCACCCUUGUGGCCAUCAGCAUCGACCGCUGCAUCCUGGUUGUCCGGCCUGUGUGGGCACAGAAUCACCGCAGCCUGCGGAUGGCGUGGCUGGUCUGCCUGGUCAUCUGGAUGCUGUCAUUCCUGAUGUGCCUCCCCGUCUUCAUUUACAGAGAGACCUUCCUAUUCAACAACAUCACUAAAUGCAUCUAUAAGUAUUAUUUGUAUAGUCACGAUGAGUAUUUAGCCAUUAGUUACGCCAUUACGUAUACACGUAUGACAUUCGCCUUCCUAUUCCCACUUGUCAUUAUUUCUGCCUGUUACAUCCGUCUGACCCUUACAGUACAUAAUACCAGGUUUGUAAAGGAAGGCCGCAAAACCACCAAGGUGGUCUUCAGCAUCAUUGUAGCUUUCUUUGUGACCUGGGCUCCCUACCACAUCAUUGGCAUAAUCCUACUAUACGAUGGCAGCAGAGCAGUGAUUAUCCUGGAUGGGGUCUCCCAGGCCUUGGCGUACUCCAACAGUUGUAUCAACCCAAUACUAUACGUCUUCAUGGGCAAAGACUUCAAGAGCAAGCUGCGUCAAUCCCUGUACAGGCAGGUGGAGAGCGUGUUUAGGGAAGAAACCAUCACAAGAUCCACUGAACACAGCAGGAACGAAACCACCAUCCUGGACAGUGCAGCAAACAUCACCGGCUCCUACCUUUAAUUACCAGAGGGGCCUGCUGCCUGCUAUUGCUGCAGUUUCGAAAUGUGUGGCUAGUUGCGCGCAUGUGUCGGAUUGCAAAGUUAACAAGCAGCUUAGGCUUUUAGGGACUGCAUCAGCUGCAGUCCCUAGAAGCCAGGCAUGGCUGCCCUUAUAGCAGGGGAGGGGCUUCCCACUUUAUGACAUGCCUGGAAAUGUUGAUUUUGGGCCUGAGUCAGGUUGGUUUGCAAAUUCUGCUAGGAAGCACAAUUUGCAAUCCUUUAGAUCGCACGCUGGGGGCUGCCCAUCGCAGGGCAAGGCCGCCCAGCACGAUGACCUCCGCCUCACCCCCUUUAUCAAGAAGAAAUUGUGAUUGCAUCACAAUUUCUGCUUGAUAGCAGAAAUUAAGGUUGCCUCCUGCCGGCACAGCUUAGCAGCCAUCUUUUCGAUGUGAUGUCACGCAGACGCUGCGAUCAUGCCCCCCUUUGCGGCCUCACACCCCCCGUUUUCAGGCCACGUCCCCACAAUGCUCUAUCUCUGCCUAGGAAACGAAGCAUUGCAGCCACACCCACAACACACACACCUCUGACUGAUUGACAGGCAAAGGCGAUCGCAUUUUCUGCAGCCCCCUGCAGAAAAUGCGGUCGCAUGUGCAGGAUGGGCGCUACGCAUGCACCCGUACAUUUUAUUUUUAUUUUUGCGGUUGGAUCGCAUUCUGUGAUCCAACCUGAAUUAGUCCCUUUAUU